UAGCGUAGCGUCGUGGGUGGUAAGUAUGCAUGCGCGUACUGGUUGCACCGGGAUCUGGAACCCACCACUAGGCUAGUGUUACAGAACAGUCCUCCUGUAAAAUCAGUUGCUGAGCAGACUGAACAUAAACAAGUGUAGUAACAUUUGAAGAAUCUCUUUGCGUGCAUAAACAUCCCUUAAUAUCUUUUUAUUGGCACUCUGCUAGACAAAUAUCUGGUCACAAUAAAAAAGUGCAGAAGCUAUAUGAAGAAAUGGAGCAGCAAAUUGAGAUGGAGAAACAAAAACUGCAGAAUGAGAGUAAAGCCAGGAGCCAGCUGCAUUACAUGGAGAUGCAGCAAGAAUUGGAUGUUAGAGAACAGGAAAUUCAGCAUUCCUUUAUUGGUCAAAAAGAGCUUGAAACUCAGUUGCUCAGCCUCAGGGAGAAACAACUGGUGACCAGCACCCAAACUCAGCAGCUGGAACAAAUCAAGAAAAGCCUUGAAAAUCAGCUCCAGCAAACCCUCCACCAGCUUCAAAAGACUGAAAGAUGCCUGGAUGUCAUGAAGGAUAGUAUAUCCCAACUCUACAGUGAAGGCAGAGACACAGAAAUAGAGGGAGACACCAGCAAGGAUCCUCACUCUGAGCAGGAUCCUGUGAAUUUAGAUGAGACGAUCUUCUGUCAACAGGAGGUGAACAUGGAAUGUAUUCUGAAUGAGGAUAAAAUAGAUAGCUCUAUACAACAGACAUCUGAUGAUGUGACAUCAAUGACUGAAGCUGAUGUAGAAUCUGGUGGAAGAGUGAUUUCCACUGAAGAGGACCCUUUGAUAGAGCAUUUUGUAGAUGAAGAUCAAUACUUUCUACAGGAGCCUUCAGAUACAAAUUCUUUGUUUAAAGAGUUGAAUGAGGCUAUUGCAGCACAGAACAAAAAGUCUGGAUCCCAUUAUCAAGAAAUAGAUAAUUUUGGUUUUCAACAAGAGCCCUUGGAUCGUAUUAAAUAUUGUGAAAAUUCUCAACAAAAUAUAAUGCUUCUGUCUCCAACAAAAGGAUGCUCAACAAACAAAAACGUACAUAAUGGAAUUUCUGAAGUGGCUAUAUCAGAAGCAGGAGGUUGCUUUAGAGAAGUUCCAGUUCGUGUACAAGUCAGAGAUCUGGAGAUGAAGAGAGCUAAUUUUUCUAAAAUCAGAAAGGAAGUCAAAACUACAGAGCCUACACUGAGAGAAAGGUUUGCUUCCAUGAUGAAACCUUUUGUUUAUCCAAACUUGGCAAUACAGGUCAGUGACUACAACAAAAUCCCAAAUGAAAGUGAGAUUCUACUUUUAGAAGGGGAAACCCAACCUGAACGUAAGAAGAAAGUUUUAAAACACAACGAUACCAUUCAGGUGCCACAGUUAUCCACUGAAGAAGGUGUGGCAAGCCAGUCUGCAAAAAUGAAAAUUCUAGAUAGAAAAAUAUCUCAGAAUCAACAUCCUCUACUGAAAAAUGUGCCAUCAGAGUAUUUUCUGUCCAAGGUGGUUCUACCCAAGUUACCUGCAGGGCAUAAUCCAAGCAGUCAGUUACAGAAUAUGGUUGGACCAGGAACGCACACAGAACUUGCUGAAAUAUUAAAGAUGAACUCAUCAGAAGGCAGAAGGGAAAGACGGAUUGGUCCAUCUGAAUGUAAGAAGAAUCAAGAGGCCAGUGCAGAAUUUAAUGAAGAAACCAGUGUUAGAACAGAAGUUUGUGAUUUCCAAAUGAAUAAAGAAACUUCUAAAGACACGGCCAUUCUGUAUUCUCAUCCAGAUCACUUUUAUAAUGUACUAUUUGUAGGAGACUCUAAUGUUGGCAAAACUUCCUUUUUAAACAAGUUGCAGAAUGAUUCUUUUGAAGCAAAAGUGACUGCAACUAUAGGAAUGGACUAUCGGAUCAAAAACCUGAUUUUGGAUAGCAAAUGCUUUGCUUUACGUCUGUGGGACACAGCUGGGCAAGAAAGAUAUCACAGUAUCACCAAGCAGUUUUUCCGAAAGGCUGAUGGAGUUGUUUUGAUGUAUGACAUCACCUCAGAAUACAGUUUUACAGAUGUGCAGUACUGGUUGAACUGUGUCCAGGAAGGAGCUGGAGGUGAAGUUGUCAUCCUUCUGCUUGGUAACAAAACGGACUGUAGUGUGGAAAGGAGGGUAUCUGUAGAGAAUGGAACAUACUUGGCCAAGGUGUGUGGACUUCCAUUUUAUGAAUGCAGUGCUGCUUCAGGUUACAAUGUCACAGAAUCCAUAGUACAAUUAGUCAGGUUGAUGAAAACUCAGGAAGACCAGUUAAAAAAGAAGGCUCUAGACUUGCCAGUGCAACUUGAAAAUAAGAGAAGUUGUUGUUUAUAAAGUGGAAAAG